UAUGUCAGCCUCACCUAUUGUUGAAAUUGUAGACCGGAAGUUAAAGCUGAAAAAUGAAAAUUUUCAAUUUUUAUUCAAAGAAUACGCGAAUAAAAAGUGUAUUUUCAUAGGAGGAACAGGUACGGCUAGAUGUGGAAAAUCUCUAUUACAAAAUCUACUCUCUCAAGAUUUGCUUCACUUUAAAAGUCAUUUUCAUAAGAUAUUUGGCGUAGAGCCUGGCGAUACAUCUUUAACAGAAGGAAUAACAAUUUGCAAUGAACCAAUUAAACGCGAAAUCGAAGGUGAGGAUUAUUAUAUAUUUAUUGUUGAUUCCCAAGGAUUAUUUUCAAGAGAUAAACUGAAUAAGCAUGAUCUUUUCAUUCUUUCUUACCUGCUUUCAUUUUGCUCUAUUCUCCUCUAUAACGUUAUCAAACGGAUAUCGGAAAAUGAUGUCAACGAAAUUAGAUUUUGUACGAAAUUAGGUAUCGACGAAAAUGAGCAAUUUCAAACUUCUAAGAAACUUGGACUCUUAUUAGUGGCUCAUGAUAGGCCUGAAGAUGAUGAAUUAGAGCAUGGAAAAUUCAACAAUGAAUAUAAAAGGAUGGAGUAUAAGAGAUCAGAAGACACAGCGGUCUUUUUUCAAGGCGCCUUUAGAAAUGUACUAUUUUCAUUAUUACCUGAACCAGAUUCUGCCGUUAAGAGGAAAGAUUUCUCAUUUAAACAAUCUUUAGAUCUUGGUUUAAAAUUCUUUGAUGCUAUUCAAUUAUUGAAAAAUGAUUUGUUCAAUGAGAUAGUCUUGUACAAGGAUGUUGCUAAAACUGGAAAUGAGAUGUAUGAAUACUUGGAGACCACUUUUACUACUUUACAAGAGAAAGAUCAUAUAGUAAAUUCAAGAACACCAUUAGAACGUUACUCCUACGGAUGUUUGGUGGAUUUUGGAGAACAACUUUUAUAUGAGAUGCAAUCAUCUUUUGAAACAUCUAUACAUAAUUUGAAAUUUGAAGAAGAGAAUUGGUCAAUUAUACAAAAUGAAGCUAUUUCCUACGAUAAAAAAUACACUCUCGAAUUUAAAGAUCUAUUAAAAAGAGAAGAAAAUCUGCAAGAUAAUGAUAAGAUUUUUCUAAAGAAAAAAUUUAAGAAAAGAAAACAGAUUUAUUUUAAAGGAGAAUUAGAAAAAAUUCAAAAACAAUUAAAUGAAAUUAAAGAAAAAUUGCUAAUUAUUAGUCAGCAAACAAUUGAAUAUGAAAAAUAUUGUGAUAAAAAGUUUCAAGAUCUAAUUGAAAAUUACAAAAAAAGUGAUCAUUUCUUUUUAGAUGAACAGUUUGAAUUAUCUAAAGAUAAAGCUAUAGAAGAUAUUAGAAAAUUAUCAAUUAAACUGGAAUAUAUGACAAUUGAACAUAUAGAUAAUUCAUUAAAAAGAUUUUGUAGAAAUUGUCAAGAAUUCAAAAGGAAUAUGAACUUUGAUAAUGAAAAAAUUAAAAAAGUAGAGAAAUUAAUUCUCAAUAGACUUUUAUUUGUUGUUUAUCAGAGUAAUAGUGAAUUUGAUAUUCAACAGCCAAUAAUCACUGACGAUCUUUUAGAUAAAAGGAUAGAAGAAGUUUUAAAAAUGGUUAUAAAUGAAAUGGGAGAAAAUUUCUAUUUAAUUUAUAAAGAAAAUGAAGGAAAGUUAAAAUUAGUUAAAAAACAAAUAUUUGAAAAACUAAAUGAUGGAAAUAAACUUAAAGAUGUUUAUAAUUUUCUAAAGAAAAAACUGGUAACUAAUUUCGAUAGACAUUUCGAACUAUUCUGCUUGAAAAGUAAUGACGAGACUACGGCUUAUUACACAGUUGAUAUUAAAUAUCAAUUUACAAAAGAAUUGUUAGAUUUUACAUCUUACUAUAGAUAUAUUGAUGUGGAUUGCUUAUUAGAUCAUCGUUUACACUUUAUUAAUCAUUUUAUAAAGACUGUACUACACGAAAAAAGUCUAUUAAAAGAGAGGGGGAAACCACAAGAAACCGUACAGGGAAACCAAGUCUCAUGCUGUUUAGUUUGGUUAAACAGCAGAUUCAGAAGCCAAAGCUCGGAUAUUUCAACUUGCGAAGAUUAUGUUCAUUAUGAUUAUCUAUUGAAAACUAAUGAUUUCUCAAAUGUGUAUCUUGAUGAAAUUCAACUUAGAAAGGAAGUAUAUUUUAAAUGGAAGAAUGUGAGAAAUGAUAAUAUUUCAAUUUUAGAUUAUGAAAGAGAGAGUGAUAUCUUGAAGGUUCUAAAUUUGAAGAGGAUUAUUACCAAUAAUGAAAAAUUAAUCAGUUUAUUCAAAGAUUAUAUGCAGUUAAUCCCUUUAAAGUUGAGAAUGAACAGAUCUAUAAUUGAAGAUUGA